AGGGGUGGCGCCGUGGCGGAGAUACGUGGGGAGGGUGAGCGGCAGCCAGGCCCCAUCUACAGCCCUACGGGGAGCCGCCCACCCCUGCGCCCUCGGCCCCUGCCGCCAAAGGGGUCCCGGAAAAAGACACCGCCCAGCCUGGGGUUGCCACAUGGGGGUCCAGCCGGGCGGAGCGCCCUGGGCGGGGCGGGGGCAGACAGAUAAUUCCCAAUGCCAAGUACUUCCUUGGCGUGACAGGACGUAGAAGCGCAGCCAAAGCGUGGCCCCGUUUUGGCCAGGCUGCUCCUGGGCAGGGCUUGUACCUGCCGCCUUCCCGUCUGUGAGCCAUCUUGCACCCUGGGCUGGGAGUGAGUCACACACUCUCUGCGGGCGCGAUGUCUGUUUUCUGGACUGAGCCUGAAGACUGUGUUGGGUCAUGCAGCUGAGCCCGGUGGGAUGGUCAGGCUGCCAGGUUUUUUAAAUGUUUUUGGAGAACCUUCUCCAGGCCAGGCCGUUUGCGGUACAACCAUGUCACCUGAAAACUAGUUUUGAGCAGUUCGGGAUAACCCUUUCAGAGCAAUAGGCAACUUGCCACUGUAGAAUAGAUGGGGUUAGAGAGAUGAAGAGGGAGGGAAGAAAAUAUCUCUAAUUUAUAAAUUAAUAUAUUAGAAGGGACCAUUGUGAUCAUCUAGUGUGACUUUAAUGAGCUGUUUCCCUGGCUGAAGGAUCUUUCCUGCAGAAGAAGAGCCUCCGUCACAUCACUACUGUUUUGACUCCUGGGUCUGUACUGACUGACAAUCUUUAAAGCGCAGUUCCAGUGUCAGUAUGUCCAGGCUCCAUGGAGUCCCCUGGUUGCUCACCUGGGUGGUGCUGAUCUGUCAGGCUGGAUGCUGCCUCCUGGAUUCCGUAGGUGCAGCAGAGAGUUUCAGCCAUCUGCGUCCUUUCAGCAAUAAAUCAAACCUUGACCAAGGUUAUUGUGAAAGAAAAAGAAAAACAAAUAAUUUUAGUAUGUGGAGCCUUUCUUCAGAAAGCCUCAUAGCUACGCUGCCUGUUGAUACUAUUCCAGAAAACUCAAUUCGUAAAGUACGAGACUGCAUUUUUUCAGUAGCCUACCCUACUCCUUUUAUAUCCAGAGUUCUUCUUGUAGCAGUUUCAAAGGAUGUUCUGGAAGAUAUUUUGGACCUUGAUGUAUCUGUCAAAGAAACAGAUGAUUUUCUCCAGCUUGUCAGUGGUGGGAAAGUGGUUUUAGGGUCUAUUCCUCUGGCCCAUAGAUAUGGAGGCCAUCAGUUUGGUAGUUGGGCAGGUCAGCUGGGUGAUGGAAGAGCCCACUUGAUUGGAGUAUAUACAAACAGGUAUGGAGAGAGAUGGGAAUUACAAUUGAAAGGUUCAGGAAAAACUCCAUAUUCAAGAAAUGGUGAUGGAAGAGCUGUGCUUCGCUCCUCUGUGCGAGAAUUUUUGUGCAGUGAGGCCAUGCACUACCUUGGAAUUCCUACAAGCAGAGCAGCUAGCUUAGUUGUAAGUAAUGAUGAUGUGUGGAGAGACCAGUUUUACAACGGGAGUGUUAAAAAAGAAAGAGGCGCAGUAGUCCUGCGUGUUGCCAAAUCGUGGUUUCGUAUAGGUUCCUUGGAAAUUUUAGCUCAUUCUGGGGAACUGGACUUGCAAAGGACACUGCUAGACUUUGUCAUACAAGAACAUUUCCCAUCAGUAAACAUGAAUGAUUCAAAUAAAUAUUUGGACUUUUUCUCUAGAGUGGUAUUGGAGACUGCAAAUCUGAUUGCAUUGUGGAUGUCAGUGGGCUUUGCUCAUGGUGUGUGCAAUACAGAUAACUUCAGUUUGUUAUCCAUAACAAUAGAUUAUGGUCCGUUUGGUUUUAUGGAGUCCUAUGAUCCAAAUUUUGUUCCAAACACAUCUGAUGAUGAAAGGAGGUAUAAAAUAGGAAACCAAGCAAAUGUUGGGAUGUUUAAUCUGAACAAGCUGUUACAAGCUCUAAAACCUGUAUUGGAUCGCAGACAAAAGCAGCUUGCUUUCCAGAUUCUGGAGGGAUACUCUGAGCAUUAUUAUACAUGUUUUACAGAACUAUUUAGAGCAAAAUUGGGUCUCCUUGGGGAGAGUGAGGAUGAUAACUAUUUGAUUGCAUUUCUCCUAAAACUCAUGGAAGAUACAAAGGCUGAUUUUACAAUGGCAUUUCGGCAGCUCAGUGAGAUUACUCAAGACCAGCUAAAAGAGCUCCGUAUUCCUCAGGAAUUCUGGGCUCUGCAGGACCUUGCUAAACACAAGUUCUUUUCAGACUGGGUUACUAUAUACCUCUUGAGAUUAGGACGUAACAUGGGUGAUUCAGACAGUACAAGAAGAAAAAGAAUGACAGCUGUCAAUCCUAGAUAUAUACUUAGGAAUUGGAUGGCAGAAUCAGCAAUACAAAAAGCUAAAAUGAAUGACUUUUCAGAGGUUCAUCUCCUGCAGGAAGUUUUACAACAUCCCUUUCAGAGACAAGCAGCAGCAGAGAAAGCUGGCUAUUCACUACGUCCACCUUCUUGGGCCAAAGACCUUAAAGUCAGCUGUUCAUCCUGAUGAAGAGCAGCUGAAGCAAGAGAAAAUGAGUGGAGUCUGAGCUCAAGCCUUCAAACUGGUGUGGGGGAACUAGGCAACACUAUCCACUCUCUCACUGUAGGCGUGGUUCCUUCCAAUCUGCUGUGUGAAAUUUUGAACAGGUUUGUCAAGAGAAAUGGAGUUCUGCAUGGUUCUGUCAGUAGGUAAUUUGCUCGCAUUUCUAGCUCUGACCCACAUACCUAUUUAUACAUUAAUUUGUGUCCUAGAGAAAAUAGAGUUCAGUCAGGCUGUCACAUUAACCUCCCCAAAUCCAUCCUCUUAGUGCUAUGUCUUGAUUAGUUGCUUCUAGAUAAGUUUAAAAUUUUCCUGACAUAGUUUUAAUCAUGGAAUAUUUUAAUUAAUGUCCUCACUAGGUGUGACACACUGUUCAAAUAUAAUUUAUAUUCUGUUCUGAAGAAGGUAUUUGGAGAUUUGAAGCAGGAAGCAAAUCGAGAUCUUAGCUGGACAGGAUUAGUAUUGCAAAAUGGUUCCUUACUAAGUUUUAUGUAGGUGACCUCAUUGCUUCCCAUUAAACUGCCAAAUAGUUUUUUAAGGAAAUAAAUUUGCUCACCAUUUAAUUUAAUCUAUGCAAUGAAUUGUCCAAGACUAAAGUGGAAUGUUCUUUGUAUACCCAGCUGUCUAUGGGCUUAGCUCACCCCACUUCCAAUUUUUAGCAUUUGACAGCAUUAUUAUGAUUUACACCUCUACCUUGAUAUAAUGCAACCCGAUAUAACACAAUUCGGAUAUAACGCGGUAAAGGAGCGCUCCGGGGGGGCGGGACUGUUUUACCUCGUUAUAUCUGAAUUCAUGUUACCGCAGGCGGUUCCUCUGCACCCGCAUUACUUGCUAGGACCCUCCUCCAUUCCGCCUCCUCCCAUGAGCGCGCCACAGUUCCGCUUCUUCCCCCUCCCUCCCAGGCUUGCUGCACCAAUCAGUUGUUUGGCACGGCAAGCCUUGGAGGGAGAGAGGAGAAGUGA